AUCUUUACAAAUAUAUUCUGGUUCAAUUGGUGCCUACCUAAAUACUAAUGAACCUCCACAUUGGUUUCAUCGAUCCCUAAUUCCAGCUUCAGAAUGGCUAAAACAAAAUAAUUACCUUAUUAAACAAUACCAUUUCAAUUUAAUAACUACUCCACCUACACCUGUGUCUAUGUUUCCUAUCCCUUUGCCAUUAGCAAGACAAUCUCUUCAAACCAAUUCUUUUUCUAAUCUCCAUCAUAGCCGUCUUCCUGAUGAUACCCCACGCCCACCUGACCUUAUCGUUCCAAAUAUUCAAUUUCCCCAAGAAAUUCAUGACCAAGACUCUCAUCAUACUCGCUUAAUAGCCGCUUCAACUCCAAAUAGUGAUGGUUCAAAUCUUCCACUCCUUUUCAAUAACCCUGAUUUAGAAGCACUAAUCUUUUCUGAUCUUUUUUCUAAUGGUAAAGGUCAUUUUGAAAAUAUGAAAAAACGCUCAAAUCUUCAACCUUCAAUCGACUCUUAUGGUAAAUAUAUAAAAUUAAGAAUGUUGUGUCCUGACCCACGAUUUCGCCUACAUUGGUAUUGGCCACAUUGGUCCUAUUUAACUCUUGAAAAAAAAACCUCUUAUAACAAUCACUCUAUUAUUAAUGAAUCAAAAACUACAAUGAUCCCUUCUUAUCUUAGCACUGCUGCUCCUUUCUUUAAAAAAAAACAACAUCAAGUUAACACGAUGAUACAAGCCUAUG